AUGGCCCAGCAUCAGCCGGCCCACACAAAAGCUACCAACGCAAGAGGUGUCAAGAACCGCGUCAUCAAAAGCACAGAACCCUCCACUAUCACCAGUGGAGGAGGUGGACGUGGUGGCAGUUAUAGUGACGCUGGUGGAGUGGAUCCUUCAUGGUAG